AGUCUACGUAUGUACACACGCUUUUUACGCGAAAAUUGUGUUCGUUUUAAAAUAAAAUAUAUUUGUAACCAGUUUGCAUAAUGGAGACGCUCCUGGAGCAGCAGCGUCGAUACCAUGAGGAGCGUGAGCGUCUUAUAAAACUAAUGGUCGAUGAGCAUGCGACGAAAAAGGCCGGCGAAAAGGAGCGCAUUCACAGUGAGCACCGGCUAAAGUAUCUAAUGGAGCUGCAUCACCAUGCCACCACACAGCUGCGAGACCUGUACGAGGAUAAGGACAACGAGAGAAAGGCUGAGAUUGCUGCCCUAUCAGGACCCAAUGAGUUUAAUGAGUUCUAUGCUCGUCUAAAGCAAAUCAAACAGUUCUACAAAUCCCAUCCAGCUGAAGUCAGUGUUCCACUGUCGGUAGAGUUUGAGGAAAUGAUCAAAGUCUAUAAUAAUCCCGAUGAGAUGAGCGCCCUGGUUGAAUUCACCGAUGAGGAGGGCGGUGGUCGCUAUUUGGACUUGAACGAGUGCUAUGAACUCUAUUUGAAUCUGCGUGGAGUUGAAAAGUUGGACUACAUAACAUACCUAAUGUCCUUUGAUCAUGUUUUUGACAUACCGCGUGAGCGUAAGAAUCGCGAGUAUCGAAAGUACAUUGAGACACUCAACCAUUACCUACACAGCUUUAUUCAGCGGAUUCAGCCGUUGCUCGAUCUGGAGAGUGAGCUGGUUAAAGUGGAGCUCGAGUUCCAGCGUCAAUGGCUGCAAGGCGCAUUCCCCGGAUGGUCGCUGAAGGAGACGGAAUCGGCUCUCGCAAAUACUGGUGCCCAUUUGGAUUUAUCCGCAUUCUCCAGCUGGGAAGAGUUGGCAUCUUUGGGAUUGGAUCGUCUGAAGUCCGGUUUGGUCGCUUUGGGCCUCAAAUGUGGAGGCACCUUGGAGGAGCGAGCGCAACGCCUGUUCACGACCAAGGGGAAGAGUACCUUGGACCCAGCUCUCAUGGCCAAGAAGCCAACUACCAAGAGUGCUAAUGCUCAAACCCGCGAGAACGAGCGAAACAAGGAUAUUGCCCAGCUGGAGGCGCUACUCUAUAAAUACGCCGAAUUGCUGUCGGAACAACGUGCGGCGACCAAAGAGAAUGUCCAGCGGAAGCAGGCGAGAACUGGCGGAGAGCGGGACGACAGCGACGCGGAGGCGAGUGAGUCGGACAACGAUGAUGAUCCGGAUGCAGACGACGUUCCAUUUAAUCCCAAAAACUUGCCGCUUGGCUGGGACGGCAAACCCAUACCCUACUGGCUGUACAAGCUGCAUGGCUUGAACAUCAGCUACAACUGUGAGAUUUGUGGCAACUUCACUUACAAGGGACCCAAGGCAUUUCAGCGACACUUUGCCGAAUGGCGACAUGCCCAUGGAAUGCGCUGUCUGGGCAUUCCGAAUACGGCGCAUUUUGCGAAUGUCACACAGAUCGAAGAUGCCAUCACGUUGUGGGAGAAGCUCAAGUCGCAGAAGCAGAGUGAACGCUGGGUGGCGGAUCAGGAGGAGGAGUUCGAGGAUUCCCUGGGCAAUGUGGUCAAUCGCAAGACAUUUGAGGACUUGAAGCGACAAGGACUGCUCUAGAAAGUAGUUUCAUAUGUUGACUUAAACAUUUAAUGCGUAAAAUACAUAAAAUCUUAAUUAACUAACAUGUAAA